GAAUACAAUUAUAAUCAGCUCAGCCAGACAAAAUGGAUGAAUUGGUUCCUAUUUUUAGUGUCAAAAGUUUAGACUGAGGAACAACUAUUUAUACAAUUUGCUGUGUCACGUUUUUAUAGCUCAAUUUUAUUCAAGCGUCGAUGCAAAACAGGUAGUAAGUCUAAUGAAGCAGAAACGACAAAAAAGAAAUUGAAAUUUCCCCUUUGCUUUAACAGCAAGAGGUCCCAAAACAAGAGAUACAUUUAUACAGGUUAGCCCAGGACAUAAAUCUGCAUUCCAGGUGUUUAGCAUCGCUCAUCUGUGGUCUCUUUGCAGGUAAUUAGCUGCUACUUCCACCAGUGAAAUCUGCUUACCGCAGCCUGCCGUUCCUGCCAGCUGAGUAAAUUUAGAAAACAGGUUUAAGUAAAACACUUGCACGGAUGUGUGAACACCCGAACACACAAACUCAUGCACAGUUUGAUUUCACUGUGGGAUCCUUGCAAUAUUUAAUCCAGACGACUGGAAAGAAGGUCGUAAUGAAGUAUUGCCGCUGGCCUCGCUGGCCAGGUGCUGCUUCAGCUCCAUGAGAGCCAAGUUAAACAUAUGCCUGGAGAGCUCGAGGGUCUGGAUCUGAGAGGGCAUCACCGCUGAGCUCCAACCCGGAAGCAGCUGAUGAGUGGAUGUUGAAAUUCCUAGAAAGGAUCUGGCAUCACCUGCUUUUCCUCUGCUCCAAAACAUGCAUUCUCACCUGCUUGGAGGGGCUUGAUUUUGAGUUAAGAUGCGGCGCCAUAUGCACGGUGAUUCCUUGUUUGGGCCGAAACGCAAGAACUCACACCUCUUGCAGUGGUUUGACAUGCCUCAGACUUGGACACUCCACACCAAAGAUGCCGCUGCAACUGCUAAAAAACAUGUCCAACCGCAGCUGUGCUCUCUUUGGGACAUGGGCCCAUACCUCCUCUGGUUUCCAAACAACCUCCAUACCCACAAGUCCUAAUAUCAACAUUUGCAGGGGAUGAUGUUUUACCUUCCAGUGUGUUUACCAAAUGCUAUCUUCAACAGAUCAAUCAUUAUGUGGGUGUAAGCUAUGUAUAAGCUCAGUAACCCUGAGGUGCAAGAAAGGUUUUAUAUGUGGUAGAACGUAUCAAAACAGAAAUGUGCAAAAAUACAGGUCUUAUGCAAACUUUAAAUAUGCAUUGAACUUAAGAUAUGAUGCUCUGUAUCAUGCUACAUGUCAGAAUAUUUGAGGUUGAGGUUUUACAAAACCUCUGAAUUUUCAAUGCAUUUUAGUGUAUUGCACUUAUCUUUAUAUGAUCUAUUACCCAAUACUGUGUGUACUCUGAGAAAUAAGCCUUUUCACAUCAGUUACAUUUUUGAUUUUUUGUAACAUAACAGUAAUAAGACAAAGUGAGCCAUGAACGUCUCACAGUGUAGCUAUAUUCACUUUCUCGAGUCCAUUGGAAAGUCAUUUUUAAGUGUAAUGUGAUCAUAAGUCACAUCCACCAAAAACUCAUCAAAAAUUUGUUUUGCUCAAGCUUUUGAAGGCGAAUGUUAGAAAACAACACCAUAAUGUUUAUCUUAACAGUUGCUUCACUAAUUACUUUUUAACUUUCACAUUCAACUGCAACAACAGCCUGUGGUGUUGUUUCAGAAAUCCUUUCAAGAUGCUCCACAGGGUCAUCUAAAUUUAAGAUAUGUAGUUUUAACUCACUUCAAGUACUCAAAGCUUUUCCUGUCAUAGUUCAAACACGGUCACAGCUGAACCUACAUAAAGGUAGAAAGUUUGAAACAAUCACAACAGGAUGUGCUUCCUUUUACUUUAGUUUGUUUGAGAUACAGGAUGUUUUAUCUCAGUAGAAGUUUAAUCGUCUGAGUACCAGCAAGUAAGCUCUAAAAAACAUAUUUUUAAAGCUUUGAUCUUGGCAAAAAUAGUUAAACAAAGAUGAAUAAAAGCAGCUGCGUUUAUUAAUCUAAUGUCCAAAUUGCAAAGUGUAGUUACAAUAAAUCCAACACUAAUUCUUCAGUGUUGGAUUUACAUGUAAUCCAUAUAGAUUUACUUCUAUGUUUUCUGUAUUUAAAGCAAUGUGUGCAUUCAUGUUUGCUAUUAUUUUCACAUUCUGAUGUUUUUUCUAGUUUCAGGUGAUUUGACAGGACCUGCUGUGUGUGAUGAUCUUGUGAGUAAUGACUUUCCUCAGUUCCUUUCUAGGUUUGACCACUGGCUCAUGUCAUGCAUGUUUGUCUGCUAUGUGCCAAAUGUCUCAUGACAAAUGUAUUAUAAAUUCAAGAACACAUUAAAAUAGAUUAGUCUCUCAAAGUCUAGUGUGUGAAACAUAUCAAAAUGAACACAAUAAAAAGAGUAUAUAAAACCUAAAAAGUUUUACUGGAACAAAUUCCCUGCUUCCCAGUCAAAAUCAAUGUGCAGCACUAUGAAGGGCUACACAGAGGAGAUGUUGUGGCGCAAUAACUCAACUCAUGAGCUGCAGCUGAAGCGCCGCAGUCCCGCUGCGCUCUGUGGACCCUCGGGGUGAUUCUUUUACGCCAUGCUCAGAGACGUUAUCAGAGGCCGGGGAGUCUGCUCUGUCUCUCCGCUCAGGUCUGCCAGCCCCGUAAAACGGCAGGAAUAGUAGGAACGUGUUUGUGACUGCCGUGGAGCAAAGUGGGGAACAGUGUAUGGGAUUGUGGCUUUGGGGCCCCAACAGCCACCCGGAGAACCAACUUUCCCCUAGCAGGUAUUUUGUGAGUGGAGGUCUUUUUCUGUAGAUUCUCUGUCUGACACGGAUACACCCAAGAAGGAAACAUUUCUAAUGCAAUUUGUGAAGAUUGGACCGGAUUUUUUUUAGCAUGACCUUGAAGGAGCGUAGGUGGAACAAAAUGUUUAAAGUCUUAACUUCUAAAGGCAAUAAAACAUCUUUUACAUGGAAAAGAGCAAAAAUGUUGAAAUGUCCACGUUGCUUAAUUGUGUAUAACUCCAAACAUAUGAUGUAAAGUCUGAAUGAACACCUGGAUACAGCAGCAAUACCUCUAUGUGUGUUGUGUGAUUUUUUUUGAGGCAGGGGGGCCUCAUAUUUUCUCAGUGGGCCAGCCAGGCAAAUGGGCGGGGUUGAUUGGUCCUCUAGGAAAAGUGAAAUGCUUUCAUUUAUGCUGGCACAGUUUGGAGAGCCAGUGAGGAUGAAGGUGUAUUUUUGUCUUUAGGACCGUUAUGAAUUGCUCAACCCCAACUCAAGUGUAACAAGAGACGAUUUCAGCAUCUAAUGAGAGGAUAUUUUCUUACAGCAAAAAUGAUUUACUGACGACAUACAAAAUAUCAGCAAGCUUUCUUUAAUUUAAACCAUGGCGACAACAACCCUGACUGGUUUCUCAGUGAUGAGCCUGCUGAGCCUUGGCUACCUGAGCUGGGAUCUGAUGAGCCCCAAUCAGGUGGAAAACGAGCCUGACCAAACUUUCAGUGACCGGUCUCCGGUCCAGCAACCUCCUCAUAUAAUCUUUAUCAUGACAGAUGACCAGGGCUUCAACGACAUUGGCUAUCACAGCUCUGACAUUAGGACACCCGUACUGGACAAACUGGCUGCAGAUGGUGUGAAGCUGGAGAAUUAUUAUGUUCAGCCCAUCUGCACACCCUCCCGAAGUCAACUCAUCACCGGCAGGUACCAAAUUCAUACUGGCCUUCAGCACUCCAUCAUCCGUCCACGCCAGCCCAACUGCCUGCCCUUCGACCAGGUCACCCUCCCUCAGAGACUGCAGCAGCUCGGCUACUCAACCCACAUGGUUGGCAAGUGGCACCUGGGCUUCUACAAGAAGGAGUGCUUGCCCACUCGACGAGGCUUUGACACAUAUUUGGGCUCUCUGACGGGCAGCAUGAACUACUACACGUAUGAGUCCUGUGACGGCCCCAGUCUUUGUGGUUUUGAUCUCCAUGAGGGCGAGUUGGUUGCCUGGAGACACAGGGGUAAAUACUCCACGCAUCUGUACACUCAGAGAGUUCGCAAGAUCCUAGCGGCCCAUGAUCCUCUGUCCCAACCACUCUUCAUCUUCCUGUCCUUCCAAGCUGUUCACACACCUCUGCAGUGUCCUCAGGAGUACAUCCACCCGUAUAAGGAGCUGCAGAACGUUGCACGUAGGAAGUACGCCGCAAUGGUCUCCAUUGUAGAUGAAGCUGUUCGCAACAUAACGUAUGCUCUCCGCAAGUAUGGAUACUAUCAAAACAGCGUCCUGAUUUUCUCCACUGAUAAUGGUGGCCAGCCUUUGUCUGGGGGCAGCAAUUGGCCACUUCGAGGACGUAAAGGCACUUACUGGGAGGGUGGUGUCCGAGGUUUAGGGUUUGUCCAUAGCCCUCUCCUGAGGAAGAAAAGGAGGGUUAGUAAAGCACUGGUACAUAUUACUGACUGGUAUCCCACACUGGUCGGGUUGGCAGGUGGCAAUGAGUCCCUUACUGAGGGGGUUGAUGGGCACAAUGUCUGGGCAGCCAUCAGUGAAGGAAAAGAGUCUCCCAGAUUUGAGAUACUCCACAAUAUCGACCCUUUAUACAACUAUGCACGCACCGGCUCCCUGCAGAAAGGAUUUGGGAUUUGGAAUACCGCGGUUCAGGCCUCCAUACGAGCAGGAGACUGGAAACUUCUGACCGGAGACCCUGGCUAUGGAGAUUGGAUCCCACCUCCUAUUCUUCCAGGUUUUCCCAGGGAAUAUUGGAGCCUGGAGAGACACAUUAAACCUCGCAAAUCUGUGUGGCUCUUUAAUGUUUCCGGAGAUCCCUAUGAACGUUUUGACCUGUCUGAACAGAGGCCAGAUGUUGUGAAGGAGCUCUUAGCCAGACUGGUGUACUACAACAGGACGGCGGUACCCGUAAGGUACCCUUCAGAGGACCCAGAGGCAGACCCCCAACUAAACGGUGGAGCCUGGGGUCCCUGGAUGGGAGAUGAAGAGGAGGAGAACUGGGCUACUGUUUACAAGAAAGAAAACACGGAAUGGAAAAGGAAGUUUAAGAUGCUCAAAAGCAGGUCAUUUUUUAGAAGACUCAACACAAGGAUGAUGUCUAACAAAAUAUAGAAGCAAAAAACUGAAAUAAAAACUGAAAAUAUAACUGAAAUUAUAAAAGAUAGAAUAAAGUAGGUCGAGAUCAAGACAUUUUAAAUGUGGAUUCACAAUAAGAGAGAAGAUACUGCUGCAGUGGACCAGAUCCUCUGAUCCAGUUAAAUACAUUUGGGUUUAAACAUAAACCUAAAAUAUGCACUUAAUCAUAAGAGACUAAGACUUUGAACUGAGGUAUGACAUUUUUAUAAAAAAAUGUUUAAUGCAUAUUUAUUAAAACUGUCACCAUGUGCUGACAGAAUGAAAGAAACAAGGUCUUCCACCUCCUCCUAGGGCUAUUAUUUCCACUCUUAUUCAGAAACAACCAAUCAGGGCAAGUAGAAGUGUCUUAGUGCUGUCAGUCAACCUGUAAGCGCUACUUAUUAAUGUGCUAAUGGCGUCAACGUCAUCGGUGGCCAUGCUAAGGGCAUGAGCAUUUGUGGCAUGCUCUGCUGAUGGGGAGGAGCUGUCACAUAGCAGAGAGACAGGGGGAGACUGUGAGCAGCACAUACACAAGCAUGAUUUUCAGUGCUAAGACUCUCUUCCUGGCUGUGAUUGGUUGU